UUUAGGUGCAAAUAUCGCAGUGUAGUGCUGCCGAUUAUUGUUGCAACAAAAUGGAGACAUUUGGUUUGAGAUGGUUGCUGCUGGGAUGGCAAUGUUUGGUAAUCCCGGCGUGGGGGCAGGAGUUUUACACCGCGGCGGUCUAUGAACAUGCAGCAGUGCUAAAUCCAUCCGGGAAAAUCCCUUCCACACGUCAGGGGGCGCUGAGACACAUGAAAAAAAACCUAGAUAUCUAUCAGGAACAAGUCUUUGCAGCAAGCAAACAGGGAGUUAAGAUAAUUGUAUUCCCAGAGGAUGGUCUCCAAGGCUUUCAGUUCAACAGGACUUCUAUUUUUCCUUAUUUGGAGCCUAUUCCAGAUCCUAAUGUUGUUCGAUGGAAUCCCUGCCUGCAUCCAUCCGCGUAUAAUGGUACAGAGGUCCUUCAUCAGUUGAGCUGUAUGGCAAGAAAUGGCAGUAUGUACUUGAUUGCAAACAUGGGAGAGCGACAAACCUGUGAGCAAAGUGAUCCCAAAUGUCCGCCAGAUGGAAGAUAUCAGUUUAACACAAAUGUGGUUUUUGAUUCUGAAGGUACUCUCACAGCUAAAUACCAGAAAUGGAACCUUUACUUUGAAGUUGCUUAUGACACACCCAAAACAAUGCAACACAUCAUCUUUAAUACACCUUUUGCUGGAAGAUUUGGCGUCUUUACUUGCUUUGAUAUAUUGUUCUAUGAGCCAGCAGUAAGUUUAAUCGAGAAUUAUGGUGUAAAACAAAUUAUAUUUCCUACUGCCUGGAUGAACCAGCUGCCACUCUUAUCUGCAAUAGAGUUUCAUCAAGCAUUUGCUGCUGCAUUUGGGAUCAAUCUUUUUGCAGCCAAUCAGCAUCAUCCUGAAUAUAAUAUGACAGGAAGUGGCAUCUAUAUCCCAUUAGAUUUCCCUUAUUAUUACAACUCCGAGAGCAGUGAAGGUAAACUUCUUGUGGCCAAGGUCCCUAUAAUUACAUCCACCCAAAAUUACAGCCUACAACAGUCUAAGUCACAGAUGACGUCAGCAUUUCUUGAAGAGACUAAUUAUCUUGAAGCUUCUCUCCUUCAGAAGGAGGGAGGAAAGCAGGAACAAACUGGCCCAUUGGAAAGCAGUGAUCCUGGUUAUGUGUUUCAUAACGUCAUGAUGUUUGAUAAUUACACAUUUAUCUCUUUGACAGGCUUGAAAGGUAAUUUGCAAGUCUGUUCCAACACCCUCUGUUGCCAUGUAGCCUACGAACGUAGCAAUUACACACCCAGUAACCUGUAUGCGUUAGGAGCCUAUGAUGGGCUUCACACAGUGGAUGGCACCUAUUACACACAAGUGUGUGCCUUGGUGAAGUGUGCAGGAUCCAGUUAUGACACAUGUGGCCAAAGUGUUACAACUGCCUCUGAUAUCAUAGACUUUAGAUUAUGGGGGAAUUUCAGCACAACCCAUAUUUAUCCAGCAAUAUUGGCUGAUGGGAUGAAAAUUUAUCGUGCAGAUACCAGAGGAUGGACUAACAAUAAUUAUUAUAUGACCAAGAAGGGGAUGUCGGCAGGUCUUGUCACUGCAGUACUCUAUGGAAGGUGGUACGAGAAAGAUUAUUGUUGUUGAGUUCUCUGUCUGAAUGUAGCUGUUGAGGAUUAUUAACUAAAAUACAGGAAUCUGAUAUGUCAUUUUACUGCAAAUUAGGCAAAGAAAAGUUUGAGUAUACCUUAUCCAGGAUGAGGAUUGCACCUUAUACUGUUGACAGAAUAUUUACUAACUAAUUUGAGGAACUGUGGAAAAGCAGGGAGGUUUAGGAGUUCAAUUACAGAAAACAUAAAAGUCAGAAGACAGGACCAGAAAAGUGUAAUUGACGAAUGAAAUGUUGACUGUUAUUUCAAAGUUCCUGGAAGAUCAAAGAUGGAGAUAAUAGCCCUGUUACAUAAAGGUCUGGUUCGACCCCAUUCACAGUAUUUCCAACUUGCAUAAUGGAUGAGUUGGGGAGGAUAUAUUUUUAUUUGAGGGUGUGUAGCACAGAAUGAUGCUGGGGCUACUGGACUUAAAGAAUGAGGAUAGUUUGCACAGUCAAACUUUGUAUUCUUUUCGAAUAUAGAAAAUGAAGGUGCAAUGUAAUUGCAGCGUUUAAGAUCAUUUAAAAGGGCUGUUAGACUAGAUCAAGUGAAAUAAUUUAUUUCCUCUAGUGGUGGACGCAGAACAAGUCAGCAACAUAAUCAUAAUCUUAGAGAUAGGCAUCAUGUCAAGAAGAAAUCUUGAUAGAAAGAAGGGAGAAAGUCUGAAACUCUCCCAAAAAAAGCUGUUGAGGUGAGGUCCCCUGAAAAUUUCAAAAUUCUGGUUGGUAAAAAAGUCUGAGAUUUAGGAGCUGAAAUGACCAUUUGGCCCAUUGAAUCUGCUCUGCCAUUCAAUCUUAGCCGAUGUGUUUCUCAAUCCCAUAGCCCUGCCUUCUCCCUGUAACCUUUGAUCCCUUUACUAAUCAAGAACCUAUCUAUCUCUGUCUUAACACAGUCAAUAUUUGUUAGGCAAGCUAUCACGAUGCCAAGACGAAAAUUAUGGAUUUAGGGUACAGAUCAUCCACGGGGUAAAUGAAUGGGUAAAAUAGACUGGAAAGAUUGACUGUCCUACUCCUAUGUUCUCUGAAGCUUAGGAUUGAAAGAAAUGACAGCAAAGUCAAUUAAAUAACAUUCACUGUAAACAGCUUA